AUGUCGCAAGACUCCGCCGGACUUCCUCCAACAACAACUCCAAACUGCAAUCUAAUGCAAGACGACGGAGUCUGGAUGAUGACCGCAAGUUUCAUAAUUUUCACAAUGACAGCAGGCUUCGGAUUACUAGAAUCUGGCCGCGUUUCUUCAAAAGACGAGGUGAAUGUGAUGGUCAAAAAUGUUUUCGAUGUAAUUUUCGGAGGGUUGGCAUAUUGGAUGUUUGGGUAUGGUUUCACUUUUGGAAGUUCGAAACAUCGAUUUGGUCAGUAUAUUGGUUAUAGUCAUUUUUUCUUCGAUCCGGAACGAGAAGAUGAAGAAAGUUUGGACUCCGUGAGUUUUUAAAUAAAAAUAUUUUCAAAUUAUUGAAACUAAAUGUAUGAUUUUCAUAUUUAGAAAGGAAUUAGCUACUCACUUUUCAUUUUUCAAAUGUCAUUUGCAACAACUUGUUCCACAAUAGUUUCAUCUGGAAUGUCUGAAAGAAUACAUUUGCGAAGCCAUUGUUUCAUCUCGUUUUUCAUCACUUUGGUCCAUUCGAUAGCUGGACAUUGGGUAAGAAAAACAUUUUGACACCAAAAAAUCCUCCAUUGCAGAUUUGGGACCAAGAAGGGAUCUUCCGUAAAAUGGGCGUCAUCGAUUCAGCAGGUUGCAGUGCAGUUCAUCUAGUCGGCGGAAUUUCAGGCCUCGUCGCCACUCUCUAUCUCCGCCCUCGUCAAAAACGUUUCACCAAGGACGGUGUUCGAACAGUGAGCGAUCCAACCAAAGCAAUUCUUGGGUUCCUCAUGAUUUGGUGGGGAUGGCUGGCCUUCAAUACAUCAUCGAAUUACGCAGUUAUUCAUGGACAAUGGACUGAAGGUGCAAGAUCAGCUGUUGCCACAAUAAUGGCGUCAGUUGGUGGAGGUUUGAUGACGAUUUUCUUGUCAAGAAUUAUGACGAAGAAGAUACAAAUGGAUAUGUUGGUUGAUGGAUUGAUGGCAUCUUUGGUGUCAAGUGCUGGCGGAUGUUUGUAUUUUACACCAUGGCAAGCGACGUUGGUGGGAGCUGUUGGAAGUACACUUGCUCUUGCCACAUAUCCACUUACUGAGUAUUUGAAGGUAAAAAUCUACUUUUAUUUGAGCUACAUCCUUGUGAAAUCGUAAAAUGUUCUAACUUUGCCACGUCAUAACUCAUGUUCAGAGUUUUUUUUUUCGUGAUCAGCGACUCAAAAUCUACUAGAAAAGCUUAAAAUUCAGCUCUGAAGAAAAAAAACAAUUCAAAAAAUAAAAAGAAAACAACGACACUCCGCUUUACGCAUGCGCGUUUCCUAGAUUUUCCCAUUUCGCCACGUCAUAACUCAUAUUUAAAAGAGACUUUUUAUAAAAACGAAAACUCUGUAAUAGAGGCUCGGACAAAAAAAGUCAUAGUCUCAGAAUCAGCCCAAUUUUUUUCAAGAGUUACCCCUAUGGGUGGGGAACUUUUUCCGCCAUGUUAGAGAUCAUGAUAUCGUUUCACCAUUUUGGUGGGAUAGGGUGAAGAAAUCGAAAAUUUUUCGAAAAUCGAUCAUAACUAUGCUUAGAGCCCAUAUUUUUUUGAUCAAAAAAGCAUUUUGCUCGUCUUUGAACGCUCUACAAGCCUGAAUUGAUUAUGAAUCUUGAAUUUUUUCGAUUUCGAUUUCUUUUUUUUCACCCCCUGUUUUCAUCAUCAAGGAUACAUUUGCGCACUUUUAUAUUGGUUUUAAAAGAUUCCUCAUGCCUUUUUACGUAUUUUUGACCAUUAACAAAUAAAAUUUGCGGUAUCCUUCAUACUAGAAUAUUCCCGUUUAUAAGUUCAACUCGGGUCGGCGCGCGCGCAUUUCCACACACAAACACACAAAAUGUGUGUGUGUGUGCGUGUACUUACACGUGUGCAUUUGUGUUUUUGUUUGUGUGUGCAAUGUUUAUGUUGAAAAUUCUUUUUUUUUGAAAAAAAAAUAUGAAAUAGUCUGAAUAAUUUACAGUAGUUUCAAAAUUGGAGUUGAUUCAUGUAUUUUUGAGGUACGCGAGGCUAUCAAAAGCAUUUUUUAUGUGCUACACUGCUCCAAAAAAAGAUAACCUCACCCCGCAUUUUUCAAAAAAAAGCGAAAAUUUGAAAUUUUUGAAAAAAGUUUGUUUUUUGAAAAACAUGUCAAAGUCGGAUACUGAUUCAUCCCUGAAAACAAGCUCAGACAAUAAAUAUGGACGACCAGGAGAUUUUCCGGUGCCAUAAUUUCGCGGAUCGUUAACAUAAUUAUUGAUAACUCGUGGACUUCGGCCUAAAUCUCUUGCGAUUUGUCGAUUUGAAAUUCGUUAAUCUUUUUUGGCUGUGAUUUGCCCUUUUUCAAAAUCAGAAAGAGGCUUUCCUCGCGGCAUUUCGGAUGAAAAUUUGAUGUGGGAUGUUAGAAAAGUAUUGAUCAUUAGAAAACAAUUUGAAAAACAAAAAAAAAACAGUAAUUUUCAAAAUAUUCAAUCGGCGCGAAAUUCAAAAUUCGCAUCUCGAUUGUUUUCUUCUUUUUUUUUCAAUUUUUUCCAAUUUUUCAAACAUAAUGAGCAUAAAACAGAUCAUUUGAAUCGUCUUGAACGUCAAACAUUGAAAAAAAAUUGAAAAAAUAGCAACAUUUGUAUAAAAUGCUUGAAAAAUGCUCUUUACAUCGCAAUGCUCCAAAUCUGAUGCUCACAACUUGUUGGAAACGUGGCACUGUGUUUUUUUAAGAUCAAAAACUCACCAACCAUACAUUAACACAUUUUGGGUGACUAACUCCGACUAAAAAGUACGACUUCGUCAAAAACAUGGGGUGAGGUUAUCAUUAUGCGGAUUGGCAAAUCGGCUUUUUUUUUGAAAAUUCUCAAUUUUUUUUUUCAGCGCGUACCAAAUCUGAAAUUUGUUUUCAGGGAUGAAUUAGUAUCCGACUUUGACAUGUUUUUCAAAAAACAAACUUUUUUUCAAAAAUUUCAAAUUUUCGCUUUUUUUUUGAAAAAUGCGGGGUGAGGUUAUCGUAUUAUUCAGACUAUUUCAUAUUUUUUUUUCAAAAAAAAAGAAUUUUCAACAUAAACAUUGCACACACAAACAAAAACACAAAUGCACACGUGUAAGUACACGCACACACACACACAUUUUGUGUGUUUGUGUGUGGAAAUGCGCGCGCGCCGACCCGAGUUGAACUUAUAAACGGGAAUAUUCUAGUAUGAAGGAUACCGCAAAUUUUAUUUGUUAAUGGUCAAAAAUACGUAAAAAGGCAUGAGGAAUCUUUUAAAACCAAUAUAAAAGUGCGCAAAUGUAUCCUUGAUGAUGAAAACAGGGGGUGAAAAAAAAGAAAUCGAAAUCAAAAAAAUUCAAGAUUCAUAAUCAAUUCAGGCUUGUAGAGCGUUCAAAGACGAGCAAAAUGCUUUUUUGAUCAAAAAAAAAAUAUGGGCUCUAAGCAUAGUUAUGAUCGAUUUUCGAAAAAUUUUCGAUUUCUUCACCCUAUCCCACCAAAAUGGUGAAACGAUAUCAUGAUCUCUAACAUGGCGGAAAAAGUUCCCCACCCAUAGGGGUAACUCUUGAAAAAAAUUGGGCUGAUUCUGAGACUAUGACUUUUUUUUUUGUCCGGUGGGUUUUGCAUUCUUAUAAAAAGUGUCUUUUAAAGUUUCAGGAUCAAAACUGGCCUGCGAAGUUCUGGGCCAAGAUUUUGACGAGUUAGCCUAACUUUUUUCAAUUUUUAAAGAUUUUUAUCAUAAUUUUUAUCGAUUUUUUCAACUUUUCCGAAAUCCGUCCCCAAAAAACUCACCAAUCGCUUCUAUUUCACAAAUCACACAAAAAUAAUCGAAAAUUCGAAAAUCCCAAUCAAAAUCCUUGAUAAAUCCGAAAUUCGUCAAGUUUUCCACGUAAUUGACUUUGAAAUCCAAUUGUCCAUCAAUAAUUCAAGCUGAAAAUCAGAAAAUUUGAAUUUUUCAUGUGCCAUUGAGUUCUGCUAACUCCAUUUUUGUUUCUAUAGCUCGCUGAGGGCUUUCUGGGUCUCACAACAAUUUUCCAGUUAUUUUUCAGAGAUUCACAACAAAAUCUUACCCAAACUCAUUUUCCAUCGAUUUUUGAGUGAAAAUCCAGUAGUUUUCAUAAAAUUCGAUGUUUUUGAUCAAAAAUUCGCUUCAAGUUCAACCGAUAAUCAUUCUCCUCACAUUUAUAAUCAUUUUUAUCCUGAAAACUCGAAAAUUUCAAUCGAAACAGUGUUUCUCUGGAAAAACCCACCUUUCUUCGAUAAUCCUCGGAUUUUCCCUUGGAAGUGAUGAUUCCAGCCUUGUAGAACAUCUAAAAAUUCAAUUUUUGUCUGAAAUCCACUGAUUUUCCCCGAAAACCUGAAAACCCAGCAAAAAAAAACGAAAAAUGAAAAAAUGCUCGUGUUGCGCUAAACAGCGGGCAAGCUGGAGUGUCGUUGUAUUUUCUUGAUUUUUUGAAAAAAAACGAAGCGGUGUUUGCACACAUCGAAACACUUGAUGUUACGCCAAAUUUUCAUUUUCAGAUCGAUGACCCAGUUGGCGUUGUUCCAGUCCACGUGGUUGGCUCAAUUUGGGGAAUGAUUGCUCCCGCCAUUUUUCUGAUUCGCCGUGAAAUGAAUUUCGGACCCGAUGAAUGCACAUUCCAGGUAUUUAUAGAUAAUAGAUUCCUUGAUUUCCAAGCUUUGAGUAAAAUUUUCCUGAUUUUCAGACAUCCGAAGAAGUGAAUGGAUUAUUAUAUGGUGGUGGAACUGGCCUGCUGUUCUUACAAUUGUUGGUUGUGAUAAUUAUUGUGGUUUACAGUGCGGUUUGCUCAUUUUGCAUUCUUUUUGUGAGUUAUUUUUAGGAUUUUAAUGAAAAAUUAUAGAUUUUCAGCGAAAUUUGUUCAAAAUUUAGGAUUGUUUUUCCCCCAAAAUCAAAUUUUUUCGCAGGCCGUCAAACAUUCCCCGAUUGGUCUUCGAAUUUCGAAAUACGACGAAGAAUUGGGCGCGGAUUUGGUGGAACAUGGUUUGGCUGGAUUGAAUUUGAUGCAAUAUACUGUGGAGAAGAAGCUCGAUGCACAGUGAGUUGGGCGAACUUUGGGAAUUUUGUGAAAUUUUCAUUUUUUUAAAGAAAAAUGAAAUACACGUGGCUGAAAUUUCAGAAAACUUGAAAAUGUUGAUCUGAAAAAUUUCAGUUUUCGAAAAUUCAAACUCAACAAAACAUGAAAUCCACGUGGCACAAAUCUAACGCAGAAAUUUGAAAAUUUUGAAAAAAUUCAAUUUCUGCAAUUUUUUCCAAUAAUUUUUGUUUGAAAAAUCUAUUGUUGUGCUGAAAAAUUCGAAAUUUCAGAUUUUUAUUUAAAAAAAUUUUUUUUUCAGAAAAUAAUUAAUCCACGUGGCGAAAAUCUGAAAAUUUCAGAAAAAAAUCACAAAUUUCAAAUUGAAACUGUGAAAUUUUGAAAAAAAUCAAAUUCUGCUCGAAAAUUUUUCCAGUAAUUUUUGUUUGAAAAAUCCACGUGGCAAAUUUUAACAAAAAUCUGAAAUUUCCCCAAAACUUCCAAAAUUCUUCCAGAAAACUGACAGCCGUCCUAAUGGUAGUCGUAAAAUGGCGAUCAAAGGCUCGAAUCGGCGCGCUCCGUCGAAAACAAAUCUUCGACAGCAGCGGUGGUCCAACUCCAGCCGAAUCACACGAAAUGUCAACAAUUCAUCAAAGAAGGCAUUGA